AUGGCGUCUGCGACGCGUACGGACAUCUUCAUCCUGGCUCUGCGGCAGCAGGUGAUCUUCCCGGCCAUGCGCGCAACCGUGACGGUCUCGCAAGACACCUUCGCGGAGCUAUGCGACUUCUGUGAGAAGCACCAGCGCACCCACAUCGCAUGCAUCACCAUGGCGCCAAAUGGAGACUUGCACAAAACUGGCACUUGGUGUCGCAUUGCCUCGCACCAGCAGAACACCACCAAGUUCCAAGACCACGAGACCACGGUCAUCUCCCUGAGCAUGGAGGGCCAGUGCCGUCUCCAGGUGGAGAGCUUCACGCAGAAGGUGCCCUUCCACGUAGGCAACGUGCGCCUGCUCGAGGAAGUUCGGGAGCAUCGCUCCUCGGAGUGCAUGGGUGACAGCCCCGAGCUGGUCCCCACCGAGAUAGCAACCGAUCUCGGUACAGACGGAUUUACAGACGCAGAGUCUGCGGAGAUGGAACUCCCAGGCACUUUGGCUAUGCCACCGUUUACGGAUGGCCGUAGCUUGUUGCCGGAGGAGAAUGCAGCAGCAGCUAAUGUGUUCGCGCCAAACGCACCUUCUCCUUUUGUAGGACUAGGAGCUCCGCAAAUCCACAUGUACCGACAACAGUUCCAGCAGAACAUCACGAUAGGCACCAGAGGUUCCGCCUAG